UGGCAGCCAAUCACGCUUCGUAAAGAGUUUCUCCAAAAUUAACAUAAAACAGCCAUGUAAGGCUCAAAUGAGUAAACUGAAAUAAUUGGAGCACAAGGCAAGAUGCGCUAAACGAAAUACAUUGAGCCCUGAUCAUUUAAGGUUUUAUGGGUUGAAAGUGUUAAAAUGCUGCGUCUAUAGCUCGAAAUGAAGAAAAACCUUGGUUCUACGAGGGUUUCCCCUUCAACUGUUAAAUGGAGUGAGGAAGUUGAACGCGCCGAGAGCGCCGGUAGGAAGAAUAUCGCUGUUAUAGAGUUGGGUGAAAACUCGGAAGCUAGUUCCGUCCAGACCUUUAAUACUGGAAACAGUUCUGCUCGCAGUCUCAAUAGGAGCGUGUCGCAGUCAACCAAGAUUAGUACUUCGAAUGUGAAAGUUGCGUUUGCCAAAGAUAAUCCCCGGAACGAUACACAAACCAGUAAAAUACAACUCUUAUUGUCAUCAAUAAGGCGAAUUUUUUGUUUGCCUUCCUGCUUCAAGAUAGAGUUUACAUCUCGCCAACUGGAGAGCAUUUAUCAGCGUUAUUACUGCCGACAGAAGCUAGAUAGAAUUUUGUAUAUAAUUUGCCUGGAUUUUAUCGUGAACUUAAGCCUUAUUGCAAUGUACGCGGCUGCUGUGUUCAGGAAGUCAACUUUAACACAAGUCAACCGGCUUAUUGUAACUUGUAUAUUCUGUGCGUUCAAUCUUAUUCUUAUAAUUCUAUACCGUUUAAAACUUUUUCCUCCGAGAAUUUUCUGCAGGUUGCCUUAUAUAGUAUGGUUCACGGUCUUUUUUCAAUUACAAGUGGAUUUAGCCGUGGGUUAUGAUCCGUUAGUACCGAGUGACUCGAUUGGCAUGUUCGUUUUCUUCAUGUUUAUAACCAAUGUUAUUCUGCCAGCAAGUCUUGCUUUGUGUACAUCUCUAGCCCUUCUGGCGGGUAUUGGACAUAUAAUCAUUACCAGCAUCUUGGCUAAAGAAAAUCGGGAAUAUUUUGCAUAUCAGGUAAGCUUUUUCUUCUUUUUUAAUGUAUCUUAGGUAAGGCAAUUUCAACAAAAAACACACUUAUUUCCGGAGUUGUUAUUUUUAUACACAAGCCCUUUAGAGAUCCUCUUUCUAAUAGUGGCGAAAGUCAUAUCUCAACCAAAGAUUUAUUUGCCAUAAUCAGUCCUGGUUUCUUCACCUUAUAACGUAAUCGCUAAGACGACUCUAAACAGCUAGCCUUUUUUCAAACGUUUACGUCAGUCUUUCGCUAAUUAUCGAAUGAUUAUCAGUCCUUCCCAAAUAUACAGAUUUUGACUAUCUGUUUUGGUUUUGAGUUGAGUCAUGACCGAUAUAUCAAAAACAAAUCAUUUUGUCUAAUACUUUUCAGUAACAGAAGCUUUAAACGAAUUUUCGAAUCAUUUUUUUCCGCUCUGGGGAAAUUUUAAAUAUCAGUUCGUUUUUACUCGAACAUCGAAAUUUUUUUCAAGAUCACCCGCAAAAGAGCAUUCCCUUAAACUGUAUUUCUAAAAUAGGGAAGAACGUUUGAAGACGCAUGAAACCGCAAAACAAAACCUGUCCAGAGUUAUUCUUUUGAAGGGGGCUUCUCACUUAAUAUUAAUGAUGUACUGUUCAAGGUUUGAAAUAUUUACACUGUUGAAAUCCUCAAAGUUAGCGACAUUAUGCAACACUUUUAUUAAUGUAAAUAAAAAACAUCCUGUAUUUCACAAAAGCGUUCGCCUCUUCCACAAAGUAAAUCUGAUUCUUGUUUUCAGGCUAGCUUGCAUCAGUUCGCUUUUUUGGCGUUCUCAGGUCGGUCUAUCGAAAUAGUCUCCGCCUUCUCGCAUAUCAAGCCACAGAUACUGCUUAGUUUGUUAAAUUCAAGCACAUCAAUACAUCAAUUCGCUCAACAACGUCCAAAUUCGAUGUUAGCCACUUAAUUUUAUAUACAAAGAAAUUUUGGAUAUCGUGCGUGCUUCCAAAUUUGACUACAAUCCUCCGGAACAUUACGUUUGAAUGCAUGUAGCAACCGGUAGACGAAAAUAGAGCACAAUAGGUUAAUUUUGCGGUUUCGCAUAAUAUAUGCAAGUGGGGUAUAAAUGGUUCAUUUUCGUUUCCCUGGCAACUGAGACAACAUGCAAUUAUUCUUAAAUGGAAGAAGAGCUUUUUUUUCCCUGAAAAAGAUACGCAUUUAGUACUUCGAGGACUAAAAGGCAAUAAUUUGUCGCUGUCGUGGGCCUAACCUCUGAACUUUCAGCCAAGAAAUAAGGCAACAGAUUUGCUGUAUUCAUUUGGCUGUUUAUCUUAAUUUUCUGUGAAAUUUUGAUGAAUAUCUCUUCGAGGUUGAUUGUAUUUACUUAAUCUAUGAUGUAUGUUCUGCAUGUCGCUCGUAGUUGCAGCUUACUGCGUCAUUUGCAUGCAUUAGUCAAUCGUGCGCCAUUAGUAGUGUAGAUUAAAAAUGACAACAUACACGAACAGGAAUAUAAAGGUGUUUGAAUAAAGAACUAAAUUCUAACGGCAUUUACGUAGGAUUCUCGUGCACAAUUUCGGCCUUAGAUUCCCCUGUAACAUUUAGAGCCAUUUUUUCGUACAAAUUUUCGUGCACAUAUUCUGAUCAUGAUCUCUUUUGUCUUUCGUCUUUAGUUUAUUCUGCCACCCUUCCAUGAAUACUUGCGUUUCCUGUCAAACCAGAAACUAAAGGAUUCUAGUUUCAGUUGAUCAAUGAAAAAUUGUAUUUUUUUUCACUGACCUAUUUGAUGCUGUGUUUUAUCGAUUAGCGAAAAAUUUUUAUUAAUAUCCUUUAUAUUCAUUUUCUUGCAUCAUGUCAACAAGGAUGUUUGAUCCCUUAUAAGAUCUGUUUGAAGCAAUUUUAUUGCGAUCUACAAGAGUCAGAUAAUAUUAUGUAAUCAUCAACAUGAUCCGUUAUUACAGUUUAUUCAAACUGUUUUAACGCGCCCUUUUUAUAAAGUUAACUUCCAUUUCGUCCUCUCCAAUAGCAUACAUUUUGGGCAACACUUGCCCCCUGGCCCAUGGCUUUGAAGAAUUAAAACGUCUCAUUUUCAGAUUCAAAAUUUGAGGGCUGCACGUGAAGCAGACCCUCAAUGAGAUAAAAAUUGAAUUUAAGAGAUGGCAAUGGCAGCACCGCCGUUGGAGUUUCUUUUUCUCGGCUCUAUUUUCUGUUCAAAAGGGGUUAAAUAAAAGAACUUUGAAAAAAUUUAAAUGCUGAAUAAGAGUCUUGAAUAUUUGCAACUAACGACCAAGGCGGAAACCCAAAGAAAAACGUUGCAUUCAUAAAAAGAAUUCGCAUUCUUUUAAUCCACGUUUUACUUUUUCACGUUGUUUAAUUCAACUUUUGAGGUGUUCAGAAGCAAAAUCUGUUAUAGGUUGGAAGUUCAAAUAGGGGAGAUGCAAAUUGACUUGCAGUCGCCGUACUCAAGUACUUACAUUUGACCAUUGAAAGUUUCUGUUACCCUUAUAAGGAGACACAGAGGUACCAAAAUACUAUACGUGCAUGUAGAAGCAUUCUAGGACUUGCCCAAAAAGACGAGCUACAUAAACCAAGAGGGCACUGAGCAUGAAAACGUAUGCGAUCGAAGCGAAAAAACCGAGGGCCAAUUGCAGGGAAGGACUCGGGAUGAGUGAAAGCUUGGUCUUCGGGAUAUUCUAUAACUGAAAGGUCUUCAAGCUGUUUCAAAAAUGUCUCAGACAUUGUUGCUGAUAAAACCUAUGUCUAUAUCGUUUCUUUCUGCAGUUAUUCGCAUAUGGUCUUAAGUUUUCUUUAAACAGUAAAUGCGUGCGAUCGAUUGAUGUCUAAUCCCUAAACAGAGCAUUGAGAAGGAUUAAUGACUGAUCCUUUCCUUUGUGAGGUCGUGGAGUUACACGUGCGCACGAAUGCUUCGUACAUCUCAGCAUUGUAUUUUAGCCAGGGUGGCAGAUGCGAACGUGAUCUGACAUACGAUCGCCGCUAGAUUUAACUUCAGUUACAUAUUCUUAUUCGAGAAUACGGCGAAAUCAAGUUAAAGUCACGUUUUUGCCUUGGAUACGCCACAGAACUUACAAUUACGUUAUUUAAAUUUUUAUGACAGCAGUACUAUAUUUUUUUCUUUCUCAUUCUUAAGUGAGAUAAGAUAUGACGUAAAUUAUUAAAACAUUUAUUGUCCUGCAGUUAUUUCGCGUUUAUUUUCAUUUUACCAAAAUGCAAAACAUCUUUGUCAUUAUUAACUUGGGCCGCGUGGUAGUUUUCUUUUCAAACAGUGCUGACCAAGUUCAAAUCUCAAAUCUACUGCACGAACCACGAAAAUGACGAAAAUCGCUCCAAAAUGACCACUUAACAUGUCGCUUAAGGUUUUGCCAUGACGCUGCGUUCACUUUGCAGAUUAAUAGCUGAAAGAUCUCUAGGAAACAAGGAUAUGAUUUAGAAUUUAUGAUAAGAACGGUUAAAAUAUGUAUUUUCGUUUUUUACUUGUUCCAGCUUGUUUAAAAAUGUUAGCAAUCCAUCUGAAACGAUUAAGUUAUAAAACCAGUACAGUAUCUUAUAGAAACUAGCUGAAUAUUGACGGACGAGGUAAAAAUCGAAUGCUUCUUUAGUAUAUUACACUCCUAGACAUAAUGGGUUUCAGCUUAGACUCAAAAACUAACAACUAAAAAUUUCCGCUUUUUAUCAGCUUGAUGGAACCUGUGAAAGGGUUUAAAAAUCUUUUCACAUUUGCAUUUCUUUGCCUUUGUAAUGGACGUUACUCAAAAGAAAGCUUAAAACGAUAAUCAUGCCGAAACUUUGGUUGCUUUCGGAAAGUAGAAGUUAAGGCGUUGAGAGAAAAAGUUGAUAAUGUAGCCUCCACGAACCUAAAAUUUAUCCGCUCAACGACUUCUUCUUCUUUUGUCAGUAUUAUAGAUACAUUAAAGUUUUUUCACAGCUGACACGGUUUCUCAAAGGGCAACAGGUCAGAUGAGUCGUUUCCUUUUUUCAGACCAUUUAAAACUGUGAUAAAUAAUCAGUGAGUUUUUCACGCGGAAUCUCCCCUAUCUUUUAAAUUGAUACUGUUCGUCUUCUGUGUAAUUGAAACUCAAUAAUCUUUCUGUGUUUCAAAAGAUCCACUUUUGGACUGAAAUUCGUCAGUUGUUGUUUCUGGAAAUGAUUACUGAGUGAAUUAUAAUAACCGGCCUGACAGUUGGUUGGUCACGUGAUACAAGCUUUGUUGACUGUUGCCCGUUGCCUUGAUUGCUUUCCAGCAAGCUUUUUUUUGCACCAAAAACCAAAACCAAACUAACGGUUUUAAGAGAAGUUUCCACUUAACAGCUUCAAGAACUAAUAAACCUGUGGCUGUCGCAGUGUCUCAAACCGACUGGACGCGCUUUCCGGAUCGUUUUUAAAUUCAGAAGUGUUGGUUUUGUUUUGGUGGCGAAAACAGGAGUGCCGUCAAUCCCCGCUUUACCGACACCCUGUUAAUACGGACAGUUUGCUUUGUCCCUGGGGAAAAAAGCCCUUACACUUACGCUAAAUAUGGGCACCCCGUUAAUACGGACACUUUCUAUAUCCCCCUCAGUGCCGUCCGUAUUAACGUGGUUUGACUGCACCAUGUAUGGCGUCGACACCGGAACUCAAACUCAUGCAUAUUGGUGGAAGACGAUGGGCCAUCUCCCCGUAGAUGAUAUUAGCUACAAAGGGUCGUUUGAAAGUAAUUUUAGAGAUAAGGUAGGCUGGAAUUUUCGGCUAUUUCACGAGUGCAAGUGUUCGACGCGACAUGUUGGUAAAGAAAAAUAAUUACCCUUAAAAUCUUUAUUGUAUGUUUCUGUCACGUCAUAGUUUCUCUAAGUGAAUUUCUGGUGCAAUUCAGCGCAAACUGUUUAUUUUAUUUGGUUUUUAAUUUAAUAAUCGCCAAGCUAGAAAGAGAGACAGGAUGCAAAAUACGAACAACAGAACAACUUUUAUCCAUAUUAACCGUGUUUUUAGUUUGUCAAUCAUUAUCCCCUAUUUCCUGGAUGUCAAGCGGAGUCACUUUUAAAUGACAAAUAUGUAGAACUGUUUGUAUUUCAUUAAUACUCACAAAAGUGACUAUAUUCUUUUAGUCAUUUUGACAUCCUCUCUGUUUGUUUGAAUUGAAAAUUCAUCACGUUCCACGUAAUUAAAGUUUUAGGAUGCAAUUUGCAUUCAAACUCACUGACGUAAUAUCAGUGAACAUACCACUGAUAUAAAUGGUAUGCGGGACAUGUUUCAUAAGACAUUUUUAUACCAAAAAUGUCUCUACAGCAGAAACAAAGCGCGAGUUUUUAAGGAAUAUAUAUUUAACCCUUCUAUGGUUUUUUCAUAUCAUUAUGGUGCCAUUUUUACAAUGCAUUAAAUAAAAACUCCUUGUGAUCGAUGUUACAAGACUCCAGGAUACUAGAUGAUUACCUAAAUGAAUUCUCUCCAUAUAUUGACAACAUGUCUUCACUGAUCUAUUUUGUAUGGUUCUUCUGAAUCAAGUGAUUGUCUGUUUGACAGUUGGUAUGUUAUGCUGUAUUAAAAUUUGCCUGACAGUCAUUAGCUACCUGUCUGCCGUCAUCGUUAUCAAAUUAGUUUCUUCCGUGUGAAAAUAGGACAGGUGCAAAAUACCAGCAGUAACAUUAUUCCCAGUAAGUACUGGGACGUCCUUUUUCGUCUCACAUCAUUAAUGAGUUCUCGGGAUGUUUUCGUGAUGACACGAGAACUUAUUUGAGCUAUUGACUCAGAGGCCAUGAGGGCGAGAGGAAUAAUUGUUUUAGUAAAAUCCAACUAGUUGGUCAAAAAUAUCGAGAAUAAAAAGCUUUUAGCUAGUUAAAGCUAGAAUUUAAUCCUAUAUUGCCGCCUAAAAGCCCGCGCUUUUCGUUACUAGUGGGCUAUAACAUAUAGCCUAGUAGUAGCUCCACCAAUCAGAACGCAGUAUUGAUAAUAAUAGACCACUAGUUGGAUUUUACUAAGAUCCGAUAUGAUCCGAUCUGGCGCGAAAGCACUUCCCGGUGUGGUUUUGGUGCCAGCGCAAAAGCUCUCCGCUAUAGCAGGAACGUAGCGAGACAGACAGCGGCUUUUAUACACGUUCCUUGACUUAUUGUUUAUCUUUUUAGAUGGGUGCCAAUAUUCUCCUGUUUGUAUGCAGCAAUAUUCUCGGCGCCAUUGACUUUUACAUAGCGGAUAGAAAGCAGAGACGAUCUGUUCUGGAAACCCGACAGUCCUUAGAAGUGAAGAUCGCUCUAGAAUCAGAAAAUCUUCAACAGGUGAUCUGUCACUUCGUUUAUUUUAGUACUCAUAUUAUCUUUGUACAUAUAAUCUUUGUCCAUAUGCAUCAACCAAAACACAUAUACCACUAAGUGUAUCAAAUAUGUACUAAGUCUAUCAAAUAUGUAGAGAAUAUUUCAUGGCCGUUUGGAGAUAAGAAGUUUCUCUUUCCUUGUUGUAAAAUAUCUCACUUGUUCGCUGCGGUCACGCGAGUCAGCGCCAAGCCGCGCGGCCAUGUAAUGUUCUAUGAAUUUUACUACAUAAACACCAAUAAAAUACCAAACCAUUUCACUUUAAUAGGUUUUUUUUUGCUGCGAAAGCGAUUUAUUUCGUAACAGUGAACUUUUUAUGUGUGAAGAUCACAUGUUUUCUGGUAGCCUGCGUAGCAAGCGUUUCCGCUUGAGUUAAUGGGCGAAAGCUGCAACAAGAGCUAGCUACCUCCAUUUUUUUUGCUCUCGCUCCAACUUUCGAGCAAUAACUCGAGCGGAAACGCUUGCUACACUGGCUAGUUUUCGCGCGAAAGCUCACCUGGUGUAAUAUAAAUAUAGUAAAGAUUUAUAUGAUUUAAAGUCAAGUCACAUUCCAAGAACGUUUUAAACUCUACAUGACUGCCGUGUAUCAUUUUACAUAAGUACAAGUGAGAAGAUGUGGUUACAGAAGUUGCGUGUGUUCAGUUGGUCCUACUAUAGUUGGCAAAAUCCUGUUUCAGCAGAGGGGCUACACAUCUCUACUGCGGAAACGUUUUGACAAGACAUACACCAGGGGCCCGGUGGGUAGGGAAGAUGGUUCCAGGGAAGACAUUCAUUUUUAUCUUUUCUGUCUUUUCAGAGAAGACUUCUACACUCUGUUCUUCCCAAACACGUCGCAACAGAAAUGGCGAAAGAUAAUGCGGCGGAAGGUACAAUGGCAAACGAUGAUCAGAUGUUUAGAAACCUCUACAUCAAAAGACACGAAGAAUGCAGGUAACACGACUGAUUAUGCCCGCUGUAAAAUCCCGAAGGUUUCGUCCACACUUGUACCUUAUCGUCUACAAACCCCUACUUAAAUUCCCUUCAAGGCCCUUCGUCUACAUUGACUUGACGGUAAAUGUUGACAAAUUAUAGUGCGCUCAAAUUGUCUCCGAAGUAGUUUAGUUCGUUCACGUUUUCUCUUGUGGACACAUAAGCAUGUAUCUCUGUAAACGCCGACCUCGCUUCGUCUUCUCGUACGAAUACACUCUUGUUUACUUGCACUUGCGCAUUAUGAAAUCAAUCAGUGAGAAUUCGGGUGAAGAUAUUGUUGCUUAUCUAAUUCCAAAUCUAAAUAGAUGAAACAAACAAUCAAUAAUUCAUUCAGUCAAUCAAUAAUUAACAGUUUCUUCGUCUACCAUUCCGGCUCGAACAGGAAUUUGGAAAUGUGGUUUUUAAGGAUAGGGGAAAAUCGGAGUAAAAAACAUCUUGGAAAGAAGGGAGAGAACCGACAACAAAACAAAUUCAACACACAUAUGUUGCCUCUUACCCGCGGACGGUUUUCAUGGUUCUUGUGGGGCCGUGCACGUUUGUAAAGGUUGCGGGGCGGGGGGGAGCAUUUUCCUGAAGCAACUGAGGGUUAUUUUUGAAUACUGAGGCAGAAGUUUCUUGAGCCAGACACUCGAAAAAGAAUCGGUAAUCUCGUCCCGUUUGGCGAGUGAAAACUAUUUGGGCUAUAGAUACGCCUUCUAAUUUCCGCCGUUUGUCCUUUUCAGCAUUUUGUUCGCGGAUAUUGUUGGAUUUACCGAACUCUCAUCUAAAUGUACUGCAGAAGAACUGAUUAUUACUCUAAACGAACUGUUUGCAAACUUUGACAAGAUUGGAACGGUAAGUUAAUGAAAGCAGGUUAUCGUCAUAUUCCCCCAUCGUGGUACAAGGGGGGUGGGAGGUGGGAGGUAAGUGUAAAGAGGUCAGUUUAAUUAAAAAACCUCCUAUGUUUGUAACUUCGUCGCGCACUCCAUUGUUAGGUGACCAAUUUUUUAUUAUUUCUAUUUCAGAAAAAUAGGUGCCAAAGAAUUAAAAUUCUUGGAGACUGUUACUAUUGCAUCGCAGGCCUGGACGACAACAAAAUGCAUGCACAGUGUGCUGUGGAGAUGGGAAGAGAUAUGAUCGCUCACAUUGCGUAAGUUGCUAUUGAAACAGAAUAAAACUUUCACUUGCAGAUAAUUUGAUUCAGAAAAUGAUAUAUAAAAAGGUGUUCGAAUAAACUAGUAUUUUCAUGUUUUUGCUGUUUGUGAGAUGAAUAAGCAGCUAAAAGUCAUUAAAAAGUCGAUUUUCACGGUUUUCCAACAUUUUUUUUUGUCGUGUAACCACAGAGUCAAUUUUUUUAAAACAGUAAUUGUAACUCACAACGAAGAGAUUUUAGUAACGCUGUGUAUCCUUUUUUGCAGUAAAGUGCGCAGGCAAACUGGGGUGAAAACUCUAGACAUGCGCGUUGGUAUCCACACUGGGUCUGUGCUUGCGGGGGUGCUGGGUAAGAUAAAGUGGCAGUUUGAUGCUUGGUCAAAUGACGUCACACUGGCGAACAGUAUGGAGUCUGGAGGCAUUCCGGGGUGGGUAUAGGAAUUCACGUUUCAUAAAGCCGUAAGUAAAACUUCCACCACCCUCCAAGAGCUAUACCUUGAGUCGUCUUGGGUUAGUUUGAGUACUUUAUUCUCACGUUAUUUCGCGAGUAUUAAUUUCGCAAAACAUCGUGGGCCAUCUUUGGAGAGUAUUUAAUUUCACGAUUUUUACACGAUUUUUUUGUUUUAGGGAAGGUAAAAUUCGAGUGUAUCAAUUUUCGCGGUUUUUUCUAUUCUUUAAUAUGUAAAGGCAACUUUAGCCUCAAAACAGUAACAACACAAAUAAUAAUUUUAUCGUAAACAACAGCAAGCAAAGAUAAUAGGGACUUUAAGAUCCAGCGACGCGACGGCAAUGAGAACGUCGCUUAAAGAGUGAAUUUGCGUUCUUUCAGUCUAUAUCGCAAUUAUUCCUACACACUUACUUUGUCAAAUGUAGGCCAACCCUCCUGGAAUUGAAUUCCUAGGCACCAUAUCCAAGUACAGUAAGAGAAAUAAAAUUUCGUCGUUGCUUGAUUACGUCCUCGGUAAAACGCGAAAUUUAUUAGGCAUGUUCACGUCCUAGUUGUGCAAAAACGGGCAGAGAAAUGUACAAAAACGCGUGAUGCACGUGCAAAGUUGUUGUUUUGCUAAUCAAACCUAUUCUCGUUACCGUACGCGUCGUUGGAUCUUAGGGCCUGUUUACAUAGAGUUGGGGGACCCCAGGUAGGUGAGGUAACCCGCUUAGGUUGGGUAACCCGUUUGUCCAUAUAAUCUCUCAUUUUAAUUUGAUCACGUUUACAUGAUAGGUGGGGUGACCCGCCAUAUUUUACCUCACCUACCUGUGGUCCCCCACCUCCUUGUAAACAGGCCCUUAAAGUCCCUAAUUACAAACAACCAACAGAUGAAAAGUUUGAUCCCCCUCUUCACAAGCGAGAUUUUGAAGAAUUUAGCAGCAGAGGGCAGUUCGGACAGCGAAAGUGAUGCGGUGGAAGGCUGAUGGGCAAAAUCAAGCAAAAAACUACUAAACUUGAAACUGAGACAUGUUGGAAUAACUGAUAAAGCAACUGCUCGAAUUUCGUUAUUGUAUGGAUAUGUAUAUGUCUGGUAUUAAAUUUCGUUUUUAAUCUUCGCGAGUAUUGAAUUUUGGUCCAGUUUCGAAUUUCAUAAUUACCGCCGAAUACAAACAUUAACGACCCAUUCAUACAAGGUUAGCCUCGAUGUAAAGUAAAAUGUUCAGAAAUUCCGGCAAGUUGGUGUUUGAAAUUUGAAUAGAUGUAUACCAGAAACUCAUAAGUUUCUGAAUAUACACAAUAGACAGAGUAAUGAACAGGUCUUUUUCUCGUUGGAAUUUGUGAAUAUAUUACUUCAGAUGGUGGCUAAACCUGUAAAAAAUGCGUCUUCACUUCUUUAAUUCAGCGGUCUUUUCCAACUCGAAACUGGACUAUUAUCAAACCGAUAGGUGUUCCCUUUCCUCAUAAUGUACAAAGUGGUUUUAACCAAUUUUAACGUUAGAGUUUCAGCCGCGUCGCCGAUAAGACCUUGGGGAAGAUAUGCCCCUGGGGCUUGAGUUCUGUGCAGAUUAGUUCAAUCAAAUGGAAACCAAUUACUUAUUAAAGCUGCAGAUUUCAUAAAAAUUUGUAUACAUGUUGCUUCGCGCAUAAAAGUUUAAAUAUCUCAAAUUCGAUAUAUAUAAAAUUAGACGAACGCUACUAACUAUUUUGGAUGUAUAUGUACAUCCUUGACGUAAAACAUGAUACCCCUCUUUUUCAAUUACGGCUACUGUAGAGGAUACGAAAAUAUGCAUUGUCCACUGACCGUGUUCUUCCUUCAUAGCCGUGUUCACAUAUCAGAAUCAACAUAUAACUGCGUUAAAGUGGAUUAUGAAGUCGAGCCUGGGGAAGGUCACACAAGAAAUGACUUCAUUAAAGAAAAGGGCAUCAAAACGUAUUUGAUAGUAAGACGGAUUAACCAUGGAGACGAUAACAAGAUUUCCGCUGGUGAAAGUCAGGUGUGUGCAAGAGUCCAUUUCCCCGAAAAGAUGUAUUUAAUUCAGUUAAAUGACAUCAACCUUUCAGUCUAUUUAUAGAAUUAUUUUCAAACUCGUUGUUUUCACAAAUCUCCUUGCUAAAUUUAUCAUGAUAUGGCGGUCGAUGUUCUGAAGGGGAGCUCGUUGGUCCUGACUUCCAAAUGUUGAACUUGGUUCGCUUGUCACUUCGCUGCAGGAUGCACCGCCAUUGGUGGAAAUCCUACCUAAUUCUGAUUGAAUUCACCAGAGAUGACUCUAUCAUGGCUAUAGAACCUAAUACAAAGUGUACCAGGCUGCUUUGCUCACUUAAGCAAGUUACUUAAGAGAUGGAGGCAAAACGUUUAUGUGAUUUUUCUAGUAUAUAGCUGAACAAAUAGGUAACAACAUUGCUUCUUGGUAACUGUCAGUUAUGCCAUCAUAUAUUCUUCGCUGGUGGAUUUUAUUCGUUCUUUAGCGGUGGCAGAUCCAGACCUUCUGAUAAGGGGGGGGGGGGGGGGUGGGGGUGGUCAUACAUGUGUGUUUACAUGUUUUUUAUUUGGAUCCUGAGAUAAGGGGGGAAGCUGCCCCCCCGGGCCCCUCCCCUGAAUCCGCCACUGUUUAGUUUUCUCACCUUAGCGUGAUGGUAAAAUCGACAAAAAAAAAUGUUUAGAACCAGCUCUGUAAGGAACAGGAUCGAACGACAACUUGGGACAGUUAAUAGGGUGCUGAAGCGCUUUUUGAGCAACGUAUGUCAACCGGAAGUGGACUUUUUGUACUUGGGCAGCUUUUUUUCUCCAUACUUUCGGGCAGAUCGUCUCUGUAAGGGUAUAGAGAAACUUAACAAUACCCAUUUAAUAGCGUCAAGAAAAAUGGCUACACUUCCGGUUAACGUACGUCGCUCAAAAACGCCUUUGCUUAAGUUCCCUACUAUGAGACAUAUGUAUACCUUUUCAUUAUCCUACCGGUCAGUUUACACGUCGUUGGACUAAAAACAGUAGAGGGGACUAGGAUGAGUCGGUAUAAUUGUUAUUUAUUAAAAAAAACUGAAUCAUUGGAUAAUGCAAUUCUAGAGCUCUGAUUGGCUUAGCCAUCAUGGUAUAUGAGCCAUUAUACCAUGCUCUCCAAAUAUGGUAACUGUACUUGUCUGUCCAAAAUUAAAAACAAGCUUAAAAUCGAUUGUUUUUACCAAUAAAGUCGGGAAGAAUUCACGAUAUUUUCUGGGCGUUUUUAAUAAAACAAUUGUUCCACUCGUGCUUGUUGGAUGUGAGAUGAUUAUAGCCAACUCAUAUCCAACGCGCACUCGUGGAAUAAUGGAUAAUUAUUGACUUUCAGGAAAGUGUAGACUCUAUGUGGUUAACAGAACCCUCAUCAAAUGACGCCGUCAGACGCACGUCAUCGCCGAUCAUGGAGAUCAUCAACGCAGCUUCUCAGUGGGAAGGAGACAAAGACAGCAUUAUUAACAAGGACCAACUGGAGUUCAGAAGGGUGUCAAUGUUUGAUGUGAGUACAUUAACAAUGAUCUGAGACUGAUGCUUACCAAGAAACCACCUAAUCCUCUCCCAGGGGUUCCCUGCACUGAACGGCAAAGAUUGGGGACGAUUGGUGCAAAGGGGAAAAGGAAUCAUUUAGCACAGGAUACCCAAUCCUGGAAAAUUAGGCGGGGUGGGUACCGGUUACCCGUGGAAUUAGCCUGCUGGAAGCUACCGAUCUGGUUGGUAUCGUGGUUUUGGGUGGUAACGCCGCCAGCACUACUAGAGAGCUUACAUUUAGGCUUACAUUCAGAGAAAGCCAAGUUUAAUUAUGAUUACGGGAUGUCCUCCUUUUCCCUAUAAGUUUCACACUCGCUCCAGGCUUUUCGUCAAGGAAAUCAAGGUGCUAGUCUGCUAGAUUCAAAGAAAACAGUAGCUUUUUGUCAGCUAUUCUGGUUUGUCUUAUGAGAUUCAAAAGGAUAAGAAGCGUACGUUUCAGGCACUAAUCCUUCCGAUCGAAUCCAUGUUUUGAAGCAAUGAAAGAUAAUAUAUAGGUUUAGCCAAGAGGAGGGGGCUAAACGCAAAGCUCCCUGUAAUAAAUCUUAAAUUCACUUCAAACAAUAAACUUGUAACCAUUGCAAAGAAAUCCACUUGGAAUUAAGCCUGCGAUCAGUUGAAAACAAGUAACUAGUCAGCGGAGAGCUUAAAAAAAAACACGCACCCUAGAUGAGUUGACCACAGAGCCCUCGAUACGGUCAUGUGAUACUGGUCAGUGGAUACCCUUUUUUGACAGCUAUCAAAUGAUCACAAUAAACUUGGAUGUACAAUAUCAGGUUGCAGGCUCCCACAUUAGAUAGAAAGUGUGAUAUUUCACAUUGUUUUUUCUGUAAUGUGGACGGACGGGCAGACGUAUGGAUAGAUGUAACCAAUUUAGCUCAAUUUUUUUUAGGUAUAGGGCUCCUCUGACGCGAGCGAAGAGCCCAAGAAUUCGUUCAGUUCUUUCUGACGGGGGCCGGGGAAUGCUAAUCCUGGCCAUAGGGAUUCAUGUAAAACUAAAAAUAAAGGCAGCGAACCUGUUUGUUAAAUUUAUGUCAACUUCUAUUUUUCCUUCAGGAUGACUCAGAAAAAUCAGAUGCCCCCAUCACGAUAAGGUUGGUUUGUCAAACUUUUUAAACUCCAAGCUAAGUCAAGUUAAAAAUCCUUUUGCAUGACCAACCGUCUAACAUAUAUAUUCACCUUCGCUUAUCCUAUAGUUGGAGUUUUAGCCUGUUAGGGAUCCGGACUUUGCUAGUAACUCCUCGUGAGAAAUCGGCGCCCAAGCCCAACACUGUAGCCUGCUUACAGGCUGCUUCUGGAAUUUUUCCCCCGCCAGAAAGUGCGCGCUGUCUUAUUUGGCAAGUGGCCUCUGAAACUGAAAGUGUUUUCCACCAAGUCUGAUUGGAAUUCAUUAAAUUCUGUGAUGACAGAGGGUUAAAAUACACUGUGCGAAUGUUAACCCCUACUUUGGAAGGAUCAGUUAUUACUUAUGAAGUGUUUAUAUUUCCAAUAUUUCUGUUUGUUUUCCUUUACAGCGAAAGAACACUAAAUAAACUAUUAUCCGAUGUACUCGAUGAAAGAGCAGGAGGGUUCGUAAGCUCCAGUUUUUUGUUCUUAACUUAUGUCAGCAAUUUGCACGUACACUCAAAAGUGUUAAAAAUUAUUUUUCUUUAGGGCAAAGGAAAAAAUGAACCCGUUUACUCUUCGAUUUACAGAUGCUGAUAGCGAGUUCCAGGUAACAUAAACUCUCUAGAUAAAGAAAUUCGAAGUCCUGCGUGUUCAAAACAUAAGGGUUGAUUUCCAUUGUCGCGUAAUUUUUACGUGCGUACAUGCGUAAAAUUUACGCUCGCAAAUAAAAUAGAGGCAAUGUAUGAAAGGUCGCGCGUAAACCAAGAGAGGAAAAGGGGACAGAAAAGGCAUCCCCCAUACACACCCUAUUCCAUAGGUAAUUCGUCCCGAGUUAUUUUUAAGACCGCAGAUCCCAAGGGGGAUUAGACAACAGCCAAUCACAUAGCGCGAAUGUGUUCCGCGUGGAUGACCCACGCUCAGAGCCACGCGUCCUUCACGAAUUGACGCAGAACAAAAUGGCGGAAGACGCGGUGAGCGAUAUUGCUAUUCGUUUUGUCGACGCAAACGACCUACAAAGAGAUUUCUGCCAAAGCUGGGUCAGCGAAACGGAAAUUAAAAAAGAAUCUCCCUUCCUCUCUUGUAUAUUCAUAGAGCUAACAGUACAGCAGGGAAAUCCUUAACACACUGAAUAUUCUCUCAGGAUCAUUUAUAAUUUACAGUUUGAAGGGAGCAAUUUCUGGUUUGAUAUUUAUUCUUUUAUUAGUCUUUUAUUAUUCAACAAAAAUAACACUUGGCGUCCUACUUGCUUUAUUGUACAAACGACCGGUUUCAAUACACCGGCGAAAUUUCUCAUUUUAUUAAAGCACUGAGGUUACGACAACUUCGAGUUAAGCUGAUUUCGCGGGUUGUCAAAGAGUGUAGGGAUUCCCUUUUCCCAGGUGAGCGCCGACUCAUUUCGCGUCACUAUUCAGGAAUGCUCUCGAUCUCUUUGUGCUUUCAUUGCCUUUCGCCCGACAUGUUUUGCACGGCGUUUAGUCAUUCGAAACAUCCACGCAGCGCGCGAGGUAACUUUAUCCCGAUUCUAAAAAUAACUCGAGACGAAUUACCUAUGGAAUAGGGUGUGUAUGGGGUACGCCUUCUCUGUCCCCUUUAUCCUCUCUUACGUAAUCGUAAAAGUAGAACCUCGCUCAACUUCACGUUUAAUCUGAACACUUUAUAUCUUGCGUCUAUUUUAUUUUUGUGAUUAAAAUUUUACGUGCGUUAACGUGCGUAGCCAGAAACGCGUCAGUGGAAAUCAACCUUUAAGGAAGAGAAUGUUGUAAAAGAAAAAGAGAAAAAGAUCUGGGAAUUUAAAAAAAAAAAAAUUCCCUGCUCCCGGCGGGGUUCGAACCCGCGACCUUCGCAUCUCUUCAGCACCCUCGGCGGCUAUGGCCAGUACUGCUUAUAAGUACGACGCUCUAACCGACUGUGCUACGGGAGCUAGGUAUUGAUCUGCUGCUAUCGUUUUUGUUUUACAAAGGUUUUUUGUUGAAAAGAAAACAAAAACAGAUCGAAUAUAGGCUCGAGCUGAUGAAAGUUUGGUACAGGCUCCGUGACUAAGUAGUUCGUCAUGCAGCUAUUUUGUCAGUUUUUAACGCUCAUACGGUCUUCGCGAUAAGACCGCAAGGUCAUGUGGAUAGCUGUAAAAAGCUGGAACUGACAUUUCGCGGUUGUCAGUAAGACAGAAUGGUGUAAAAGUUCUCAAACGUUUACUUUUGCGAUUUUACGACAGAAAAACAUUGCUUUAUGAUUCAGUUUGGUAAUUUUUUUAGGCGUUUAUUAAAAUAAAAUUACCCAUUUUCGUUGCGUCUCGUCUCGUAUGCUUUCCGCGAUCGGACAAGGUUAAUCAGGUUAAUUGAAAUAGCUGUAUAUUAAAGGCCAUAAUAAAAUCCCAUUAGCAUAAUUUUAUUUAAUUUCCCACCUGUUAAACUGGUACUAGCAGCGCCUUAUCAUUUUUUGUUUUGCCAUAACAAGCAAAAAUUAUGCUGACAAAGAACAAGUAAACAUACUGCAUGAAACUGGACCAAGCCAUGGCUCAAGUCUGAAAUGAAAAUUUGAAAAAUUGAAAUAGUUCGCAAAAAUGUUUUAAUUUGUUUUUCUUUUCACUGACAGUAUGCCAUGGAAAAACAAGAAAUGAGUGGAGAGUCACUUGUUUGUCUUUGUGUUGUCAUUGUUUUCUGUUUCUUCGUGGAGCUUCUAAUAUUCCCAAGGUGAAUACAAGUUUCAUUUAUUUGCUCGUUUUCCGCAGUGAUCGGAGCAUUUAUUAUUAGCUAGACGGACGCAACAUAAGAAAGAAGAUUUAUGUCCUCUUCAUGAUUCCCCGCCAUCUCUUUGUUCAAGCGAUACACCAACGCUUGAGGACAGACUACUGACUUAAUUUAUAGGAUGUCAAAGCGACAGAGGUUAACAGGGGCAGGGGGAGGGCGAUAAGUCUCGAGGGAUAGGUGGAGAUAGGAAGUAUGGGCGUGGUAGGGAGACGAGUUAGAAGACAAAUGAAGGUACGACGAAGAGGAAAGACAGACGAAAGCAUGCGGGAUAAGGGGAACAAGGCGAUUAAGGUCGAGGGUGAUAGGGGGAGAGGAAAUCAGGAAUAGAGGAAAGGUCGAUAUAGGAAGGAAGGGUUGAAAAGUAGACGGCGGAGAUGUGCAGGGGGUAAAAGUAGGCGCUGAGGAUAGGAACAAACGGGAUAGGGAAGGUCGGACAAAGGAAUCAAGGAACAGGGAAACAGAAGGAGUGCCGAGACCCGGACGCGGAGGGAGAAUUCUAAGAAAAGAGUAGUUUAAGGGAUACAACAGACAGAGAACUGAUCACAAAGGAUACCCCGCAAAAAUGAACUCUCCGUUAUUACAGACAUGAGAGUGUACACCCUGUCAAAAGAUUCAUCCCAUUAUUGUUUACCAAACCAGUGAAUAGCCAUUUUCUGUCCUUGGCUGUUACAAACUGUAGCCAGUUAAUGCAGAUAUCAAAGAGGUCUCCUACAGUGCAUAAAACUGGGUUUUUUUGGGGUGUGAAAUCUCGCAAUUGUGUAGAAAAAAAUUUUCAUCCCUUAUUGCUGCUUAACGGCCAUCAAUCGACGACAAAUAAAUCUAUCCAUCCAUUUUCUCCUAUGUGUUUAUUUACCAGCCUUUUAUUUUUCCCUCAAUUCAGGAGCUUGAGAAAUGAUUUGACAUUCUCUGUGGGAGUGGUUUUGCUGUUUAUACCAACAGUCAUUACAUGCGCUGCGAGCUUUCCAAAGGUAAGAGACAAAGAAGUAUCAAUGAAUGGACACUCAGUUUUUUGUUCCCCUUCAAAGGCCGUAGGCAUUUUUCUAUUUUUUUUUUCAGAAAUUAUUAAGAUAAAUUAUGAGUGGGCCCCAAUUUUCCCCCUUUUUGAUGGGAAUGUUGAUUUUCUGGCCCAGACUGAAUAUUCUUAUUUUUUUGCCGUUUUUAGGCUGAAAUAUUCCUGUAUUAUUCUUAAAAAAGAAAGAAGUUAUCAUGAUACUCUCUGCAGAUUUGUUCAUUUCUUUUGUGCUGUUUUCACGUUACAAGUACAUGCACAGUUCAUCGAACUGUCAUUAGCAUUGAAAAUUUGGCUAUAGCUGGUGCAGGUUUUUUCAGUUUGUUUCGCUAUUUUUGCCGUUUGGAGAAAGGAAUAGUUUUAUACCGUGUUAAGUUAAAAGCGUGCACUGCCUUGAUUUACAGAUUUUCAACACACAAAAUUAUAUCCUUUUCAAAAUCUCAGCGUUGGCUUUAUUUCUAAAAUAUUCUUAAAAUUUUACAAAUUUCAGCCUCGAUAUUGUAAUAGAACAUAUUCAUAGAAAGAAAAUAGAGUCAUUACGUGUUUCGAAACGUGUAUUAAGUCGCAACGGUGUUCAUUAGUUUGACUUUUGAGAAAUUUCUACCUGACUGAACAAGCCACUGCAACAAAAUGAUUUGUACUCAUUGACAAUCUUAUAAUUAAUUUAUGCUUCCUUGUUCUAGUACUUUCCUCAGCGUCUGGUUGAGCUUUCAAAUGUUCUUUAUGGCAGUAAGCCAGCUCGGACCCUGGUAGCUGCUCUGUCUGUAACCGUAUUGGCUGCUACUGAGUUGAUUGACAUGGUGAGCUACAUUGCCUCGUUCUCUUCAAACCAGGAUAACUUAUUAUAAAAUCUCUUAUUUAGAAAAUCCAAUCAGUGAAGGAAACUUAUAUUGUGACUCAACUUCGUGGUUUUAUUUCUUGGCUUUAGCUUGGUUGUGAACCUGUACUAACAGAAGAAGAGUACAACAAAUCAAAGCCUUUGGAUCCCUCCAGUCCCGCCUGCGAAUACCCACAGGUAUACUAGUUUCUGUAAUAUAUAUAUUUAAAUUUAUCGUUACCCUUUUUCUAUAUUAAAAAGAAAAAUAAAACUAACAGUUGAACCUCCACGUGCGACCACCUUUUGUAAGCGACCGGCCCUCCUGCAAGCGACCAUCUAUCCAAAACAGUUGCGUUUUCCCAGUUAAAACUUGACCGUUGGAACCUCUCGAAAACGAUUACCUUCUUAAGAGACCGCAACCACGUUUCGGGGCUGACGGUUUUAUAAUUUUCCACUGUUUUUAACGUCUUGUAAAACUUAACGAAUGGCCUGAUAUCUGCAGCAGCGCACAUGUACAGCUAAAACUGGAAAGGAAAAAUCUUGUAUUGCCUGAAAAAAACAUUUUUUUAUCGUUAAAUCGCGUUCGCUGAUGCAUUUUUCGCACUAUAUUGGUUUGUUCUUUUGUGUCAGUAUUUCCUUGAUCCUUUUAUUAUUCCAUAAUUCUGAAGACGUCACAGGCCGUUUUCCCUCGUAAACAAUGUACCUUACCCGUCAACACUAGAGAUGGGUAAAAUAAACAACUGACUACUGCAUUUUCCUGCGUAUUGAGAUUUACUGAAAAUGUCCUGCGUAAAACGCUGGAGAUGACAUUUUCGAGACCUUGGAUUUAAAAAUUUUCUGGGGAAGCAACCUGAUUUUUAGAAAUAAGAAAAGCAUAAGAAAGCAAUAUGUACCUCCAGCGAAAUAAUAGUUCAAUUACUGACUGAGAAACUAAAAGCGGUACUACUGCUUCAAAUGAAUUUCCUUCAGGGGGAUUUGAAAAGUUCUCAAUCACGCAGAAGGUUAUUACGGCUUCU